AUGGAGAAGCCAUGGUCGAUGCCAUCUUAUUCGAUAGAGUCAUCAGAUUCAGCACCCCUUCCCUCUCAGGUGGAAGAAGGUGGAAGACGACGUUGUAGCGGUCUGAAAUGGGCAGAACUUGGACGACAUCAUUUUGUGUAUUUGCUGUGUGCUAGAAUCUUGGCCAAAAUGGCGCUGUUCCAUUUAACAACAAA